AUGGCGGAUUUAGCACGGCUUUUUAAGGAGAAACUCUUGAUGGAUGCAUCUGUUCCUCCAUCGGUGGCUAAGGACAUAGUUUUUGCACAACCUCAGUCAAACGGGAACCGCCGCGGUCGCAGCAAGACUCGCCAGGGAAAGGAACCCCCAACAUCCAGUGGUGAAUCGGAAGUGCGCCGUCGUGACAAAUCCAGGCACUGUGAUCCGGUGGCUUUAUUUCAGUACUACCAGAAAGAGUGGGCCCAUUUUCGCAGCCAGAUCCCUGGAGAGAAAAACCAUGUCAACGCCCGCUUUGGAGACCGCCGCAAGCCAAUUGAUUCGAAGAAGUGA